AACGAAAAGAGGGUGAUAACACACCACUACACAUAUACAUCGCUGUUAGACGAAGGCACGUAACAGUGAUACAACUGUUGCUCAAUCGAGGCCAUGAUGUCAAUCCAAAAGGCGGGGAUGGGUCAAACGUUACUCUCGUUUGCAGCCGAGUUUGGGGGCGUGGAGGUUGUAAAACUGUUCUUAUCAAGAAGUGACGUGGGUGUGGAUUUGGGGGAUGGUAAGAGUCGGACACCACUUUCGCAUGCAGCCUCGAGAUGGGACAAAAUGAUCGUUCAGCUGUAGCUGUUCUAGGCAAGGCUGGACGUGGAUGUCGACUCGAAGGAUGUCCAUGGUCGGAUAACGCUUUCACAGGU